CCGAACCGGGCUCCGAACCCGCCGGGCCGGCUGUGAGCGAACAUGCCGCGGGCCUUUCUGGUGAAGAAGGCCAGUGUCUCUCCGGGGAAGCGGAACUGGAGCGGGCUGCCGGACCAUGGGCGAGGGGACGUCUACAUCCCAGUGUCCUUCUUCCCCUCGUCCGUCCUGAUGGAGGCGGAGGCGAGCCCGGCUGAGUCCACGCCGCUCUGCCUCAUCAAACACUCUGUGUGCGACACGCAGACGUACGCCGAGCUGCCGUCCUGCACGGUGCUGGGCCGGCCGCGGAGCCCCUCCAUCUUCCUGGGCGAGAGGUCAGAGGUCAGGAGGAGGGCGCCGGGCGGCUCCACGUACGUCCGCUCCAAAAUCAAGGUGACCACGGGCGAGCUACCCCCCAGCCCCACCCCUUUCCCUCUCUCUCUUCCUCCCAUCCCCCCCACGACCUCGCCGACCCCCCCGCCCGCCGACGUGAUGCCCGUCGCCCUGACGACCAGCCCUUCCACCCUGGAGGUGGUCUCCAUGGUAACCAGAUCCACAGGUCAAAGUUCGUCCUCGGGGAAAUCGGGGGUGUUUGUGUGCAAGGUUUGCAAGAAGACCUUCCAGCACCAGCGGAUGUUGAACCGACACGUCAAGUGUCACAACGAGACCAAGAGACACAUCUGCUCGUUCUGCGGCAAAGGCUUCAACGACACCUUCGACCUCAAGAGACACGUCCGCACGCACACAGGUGUUCGUCCGUACAAGUGCAACCUGUGCGACAAGGCCUUCACCCAGCGCUGCUCCCUGGAGUCGCACAUGAAGAAGAUCCACAGCGUCACCCUGGAGUACGCCUACAAGGAGCGGCGCAACAAGCUGUACGUGUGCGAGGAGUGCGGCCACACGGCGGGGACGCAGGACGAGCUGGGCGUCCACCUCCACUCGCUGCACCCGGACAGCGCCCUGCUGAAGGGGAAGGCUGCCAGGCGAGCGGGGGGGGAGAGGGCAGGGAAAGAGGACGGGUCGGUCGGCGGGUCGAUGCCGGGUUCUCCCCGAGGAGCCGACAGCGAUGACACCGGGGGAUCAGCGGAGCCGUAGAGCGGCCGGUUGGCACAAUAAGCUCGGGGGGGAUGAAGGAUGGACGAUGGACUAGAAGGUGGACGACAUGUCAGAGUGUACCUCUACAGUUCUAAAUGUAUAUAUUAUGUGUGUGUGUAUAUUUAUGAAUGUGUGUGUGUGUGUAUGGAUUGUGGGGAUCUGUAUGUGACUCAUGUUAAACGAGGCCAAGUUGGACUUUGACUCACUGUUCAUAUUUUUACAGUUCAUGGGAUUGUGUUGAGGAAAAGAGUAUUUACACAUCUGACAAUAUAUUUUUCUGCCUUUUUAUAUUGCAUGUGUAUAUUUCCUGUUGGCUCUUCUGUACAGCAUGAGAUGUGAGUUUUCUACUCAAAAAUCUGAAAGCAUUAUAUUAAAGGGAGUAAUAUAUGAA